AUGUUGCACAUUGUUCAAGAAAAUAAAGAAAAAGCAGAUUUGAACAUUUUGGCUGAUUUCUCGGAUUUGCUGAAUAAUUGCAAUAAUUUCAGGUUAAGCGCCUACAGUGAAAAAUAUCUGGAUGGAGAUCCACCUUUGCCAUUAGUCACUCUGUUACGACUGAUCGAUGCAGUUCUUGAUGAGCCCGAGAAAGUGUUGUACUCGGAUGCUUCACUUAAUCAAAUUCUUUUAUUGUUGUUAAUUUUUGAGGUUGCGAAUGAUGAACAAGGCAAGCGAGUGCGUGAUCGAUGCACAUCACUCUCUGGCGAUUUCUACAUUUACUGUCAGUUCGUUCGUUCAGCCACCAGCAUCCUUCGCAAAAUGUUUGCCUCGUUGCAUGCAAUCAGACAGAAUCCUGAAAAAUCGGUCGUGUGGUCCCUGCUGAGAACCUAUUCGCUGUGCUGCAUGAAUGAGCAGUGCGCCGAUCGGAUCAUCAAAGGAACCAUCCUGGAAUCGUUUAGCUUUUUUAUCACACCAUCGACAGCACCUGCUUCACUGCAACAACAGCUUGGUGCUAAAACUACGCAGCCUUCUUUUCUGGGGCUUUUCCUAAGCACUGGAUUCGAAGAGCCAGCGAAUUUCUUCGCUACCGUAGAUAUUUGGCGACAUAUCCUACCACUGCCGUCGGCUUCACUGAUCAGUGCAACAGGAUUUGACCCUGAGAAGGCAAUUUUGAUGGACAAACUAUGGAGCGCUAGUAUUUUGCAAUGUGAAAGACAUUUGCACUUUGCUGUUUUGCUAGGAAUUUCAUCAUCACAACGAUUGCGACGAUGUUUGUACGACCUGUUGAUACGUUUGGCUACAAUUUCGGACGAAAUUGCACUGCUUUUGGCCGAUUUGAAGAUGCUAACUUUUUCGGCAUAUGCAACAGUAGCUGAUGCUUUUGAUGAGGACGGGGUCGAGGAAGAGGAGUCAAGUGUGCGUUUCGGCGCUGCUGCUGACGUCGUUAUUGCCUCUUUCUUCGCUUUUGUCGCCGCAUGCUCUGUCGAAUUGCCCAUUCGUAAAUCGUUGAUUACGGUCAUCUCACAGAGCAAGAACUAUAUCUCAACAAUAUUAAAGUUCUUUAAAUUGGCAAGCCCGAAAACUUCACCUCACGUCACAUUUCAAAGAAAUGUUAUUAAAUUAUUUCGCAAUAUUUGCGUGAUUGACAGCAAUCACAACGGCAGAAUUGCUCAGUUACCUCGUGAUAUCUACGUAACAGUAUGCGAUAGUCUUGUGGAACAUUUUGGGAAUGUCGAGCAUGACAUCGAAACGGCUGUGCUUGCACUCAAAGCACUCUGUGAUAUUGGCCGAUCCUCAACGUUCGGGAAUGUUGCUGUAGAUCAGCAAAUCCCUGCUGAGUCAUCAGAAUGCCCUAAUGAACUUUGUUCAUCGUUUGAGUGCGAUGAAUAUGCCAAAUGA